CGCGGUCGCGGAAAGCGUUCAAAACGAUGCCCUUGACCCAUUUCCAAUCUGGAACUGUCUGAUUUAUGACUAGCAUUGAUGGAUUGCGCACUUGCCACUGCAAAUGCAGCGACACCGGUCGGGAAAUCAAAUGCAAUGCUCACCGGAUGCUCUCGGGUUUCAUCUGUUUCACUGGUUGUAAAUGUGUCAGGACUCGGCACCUAGAACACUGUAAAUCUGCUCUCCUCGCGUCAUCCAUACAGUUCCUCGCGCGCUUCCUUGUUUCAGGCCAAUCGCGGGACGGGCUGAAGCCAGAGAGGAGGGGGUGGUCUCCGGUAUCCGGUUCUUUCCGUAAUCCUGCGCCGGUGGAAUUUUAAAUCCGUUCCUCCAGCGGGAUCUGCUCAGUGGAGAUUGUUUACGGGGACUGCUACAUUGCAUUGUUAUUUAGAACUUUUAAAUGUUGCAUUGUAACGUUCGCAGAAUGCGCGUUGUUGUUUUUAGAACGUUUAAUUGACACAUUGUCACACUCGCGUUGUUUAGAACGUUGUUAUUUAACAUUUGCUUAAUGACGAUAUUGUUUAGAAGGUUAAAUGGUUACAUUAUAGCUCUCGCAGAAUGAGCGUUUCGGAACGGUUUAGAACUUUUCUCUGUUGCACUGUAACAUUGCAAAAGUGAGCAGAGCAGCCCAGCGGGAUCCGGUGUAAAUAUUCAACAAAUGAUAGAGGAGGAGUCGGUGCACGAUAAAAGGGAUGUGAACCGAGAGCAAAGAGCUUUGGACUCGGUUUAAAGCGCGCGUUCACUGUGUUCUCUUCCGUUUGCAUGAAGUCCUGCUGCUUUAUUAUGACGAGUGAUCUCUCAUAACAGGAUUUGGGCAUUAUCGAUCGGAUUAUGAGUGAUUAUCCAUGCAAAGUGGCACGAGAUUGACUUAGUUUCAGAUCUUGUGGGGAUUUUUUUCUGUUCUUCUUUUCCACCCGUUCGGAAACAUAUGAUAAAAGAGUUAUUCUGGAAACAUAUUUGCAUCCGUUCUGUAUAGGAUGCACCCAGAAAGCAAUGAAAACCCUGCAGGAGCAGCGAGUGGGAUUCCUGGUUCGGAGGAAUCGACCACUGAACCGCAGGCUGGACAUACUGAACACUUUGCAAUGGAGCACAAAGACCCGCAGGAGUACGAGGAACCGGAGCGUAAGCUGGACCCGGAGGACAGCACGGUGCAGCUGAUACAAACCGGCUGCCCCGACAAGCGUCCGGCGACGCCGCCCGACGCACACCCGGGACCGGGAUUCGUUCCCCCGGAGGGAGGUUUCGGCUGGGUCGUGGUGAUCGCUGCUACGUGGUGCAACGGCUCGAUUUUCGGCAUCCAGAACUCAUUCGGGAUUCUGCACAUGAUGCUUGUGAAAGACCAUCAGGAACUGACGGACCAGGCGUCUCAGUUUAAAGUGGCAUGGGUUGGUGCUCUGGCGAUGGGGAUGAUAUUUUUCUGCUCUCCGGUGGUCAGUAUGUUCACCGAUCACUUCGGAUGCCGGAAGACAGCCGUCUGCGGAGCAUUUGUGGCCUUCCUCGGUCUUCUCACCAGUUCAUUCGCAACCACACUGGGUCUUCGAUACUUCACAUACGGGAUACUGUUCGGCUGCGGAUCCUCAUUCGCAUUCCAGCCGUCUCUGGUGAUCCUGGGGCAUUAUUUUCGACAGAGACUGGGUUUGGCCAACGGCGUGGUGACGGCAGGCAGCAGCCUCUUUUCUAUGGGGCUCCCUGUGCUGCUCAAGAAAGUGGUUGGACCGCUGGGCCUUCCCAGAACCUUCCAGAUCCUCAGUAUCUUCAUGCUGGUCCAGUCGCUGCUGGCCCUCACCUUCAAACCGCUCAUGCCCAGUGGGAUAAACAAGGGCAUCUAUGAGUGGAAAUAUUCAACUUAUAGCUGCUUUUCCUCUGUUCCCACCACAAAGCAGCAUUAUGCCAUCAUUGAUAAGGCUGAAGAAAAGGGCUUUGAUGAAGUCCAGAGGCUGACUAUGGCUAUGAACUUUGUGAAAGAGCAGUUUGGAGACACUCAGAGGGAAUGGGUGCUGCUUGUGUGUAUCGGAGCGUCGUCUGGAGUCGGUCGACUGCUGUUUGGGAAGAUCGGAGACCUCAUACCUGGAGUAAAGAAAAUCUACAUGCAGGUGGCCUCGUUCAUAUUACUGGGUCUGAUGUCCAUGAUGAUACCUCAGUGCGCCGUGUUCGAAGGUCUGGUGGUGGUUUUCGUAUUGAUGGGUCUUUGUGACGGCUGUUUCAUCACUAUCAUGGCCCCCAUCGCCUUUGAGUUGGUAGGGCCCAUGCAGGCGUCUCAAGCCAUCGGCUACCUCCUCGGCCUCAUGGCCAUACCAAUGACAGCGGGACCACCGAUUGCAGGACUUCUUCACGACUAUUUUGGAAACUAUCAUGUGGCAUUUUAUCUGGCUGGUGUUCCUCCAAUAGUGGGGGGUAUCGUGAUGUUUUUUGUGCCUCUGGUGCACCAGCGCAUGCAAAGACGGCGAAAAGAGACCAACGACCCCAGCAUGGACAAGAUGUUGAAGAACUGCUCGAACGGAGACAUGCUGCCCGGAUACACAGACAUGGAGACACACAUAUGAAGCCCACAGCCACACAAAGGGAUUCAUCUCACCAGCACUGCUUGUGGCGUGUGUACGUGAGUGUGUGUCAAGAUGGUGUGUGAUGUAUUUCCUCUGUGCUUGGCUCUAAUCAAAGUCGAGGUCUCAAGGCUUUCCCUCCUGCUUGUUUGCUGUUCUGGAGAGGAGACGUGAUCAUCCAUCAAGAGCCCAAACCCUCCUCCAGUGGCCCGCACUGCCGUUUCUACCGGCUCCCGAGUGAUUGAACAACUUCCGCAUGCAGAUUUGGGCUGAAAUCACCUCCUGCUUGCAUUUCUCACGAGAAACUGAACGGUUAGCUCAGGUAGUGCAGGAGAUGUCAGUUAAAUUAGGACAGCAAAUGCUUUAGCACCUUUAUAAAGGAAACAUUAAUUUGAUGUGAGAGAGUAGCAUUUCCAGCACCGAGAAAAGUGCUGUUUUCAUUUAGCUUUAUAGUAGGGCUGCACGAUUAAUCGAAUGCGAUUGUCAU